AUGGCUCCGCCACAGGGUUCUCACAAGAAACCCGCCAAAGCCCAUCAUGAUUCCACUCGAGUCUUGAAACGCAAGCGCGGCCAGGAAGAUCUCUCGUCGCUCAUCCAGCGCGUUGAGGACCUGGAUCUUAAGUCUGCGGUCAAAAACUUCUCCGAUCUCCCUCUCUCCUCACCAACUGCCGAUGGCCUAUCAGCUUCUCAUUUUAAGGUCAUGACUGAUAUCCAGUCACGAGCCAUCAAUCAUGCUCUCAAAGGUCGUGAUAUCCUCGGCGCCGCAAAGACCGGCAGCGGCAAGACUCUGGCCUUCCUAGUACCCAUCCUCGAAAACCUCUACCGCAAGCAAUGGACCGAACACGACGGCUUAGGAGCGCUGGUCCUUGCGCCUACCCGCGAACUCGCGAUUCAGAUUUUCGACGUGCUGCGCAAGGUCGGUCGGUACCAUGCCUUCUCCGCUGGGCUGGUGAUCGGUGGAAAGAGUUUGCGGGAGGAACAAGAACGUCUAGGCCGCAUGAACAUCUUAGUUUGUACUCCGGGUCGUAUUUUGCAACACUUGGAUCAGACCGCUAUGUUCGAGACCAACAACCUUCAGCUACUUGUUAUGGACGAGGCCGACCGUAUUCUCGACAUGGGCUUCCAGAAGUCUGUUGACGCCAUCAUUGACCACUUACCGGUCAAGCGACAGACUAUGCUGUUCAGUGCUACCCAAACCAAGAAGGUGGGCGAUCUCGCUCGUCUAAGUCUGCAAGAACCAGAAUAUGUUGCCGUUCAUGAAACCGCUGCUUCUGCUACACCAUCCACUCUCCAGCAACACUACGUUAUCACACCUCUGCCCCAAAAGCUGGAUACACUCUGGAGUUUCAUUCGCAGUAACCUCAAGUCUAAAACCGUCGUUUUUCUGUCGUCCGGAAAGCAGGUGCGGUUUGUUUAUGAAUCUCUCCGACAUUUGCAACCCGGUAUUCCGUUGAUGCAUCUUCAUGGCCGACAGAAGCAAGGCGGUCGCUUGGAUAUUACGACCAAAUUCUCUCAAUCUCAGCAUGCCGUAUUGUUUGCAACUGAUGUCGCAGCACGUGGUCUGGAUUUCCCCGCGGUGGACUGGGUUAUUCAGAUGGAUUGCCCCGAGGAUGCUGACACUUACAUUCACCGAGUGGGCCGAACUGCUCGAUAUGAGCGUGUUGGCCGUGCCGUGCUCUUCUUAGACCCCAGUGAAGAGAAGGGUAUGCUUCAGAGACUCGAGCAAAAGAAGGUACCUAUUGAACGCAUUAAUAUCAAGGCCAACAAGCAACAGAGCAUUACUCAUUUGCUCCAAAACAUGUGUUUCAAGGAUCCAGAACUCAAGUAUCUGGGCCAGAAGGCAUUCAUUUCAUAUGUGAAAUCAGUUUACGUGCAAAAGGACAAGGAUGUCUUUAAGAUUAAGGAGCUUCCCCUAGACAACUAUGCAAGCAGUCUGGGACUUCCUGGUGCGCCACGUAUCAAAUUCAUCAAGGGAGAUGAUACGAAGGAGCGUAAGAAUGCUUCAUGGAGGAUGGCACACUUGUCCAGUGACCCAGAAGACUCGGACGCAAACGAAUCCAAGAAGGAGAAGAAGGACGACAAGCAAGUGCGUACUCGGUACGACCGAAUGUUCGAGCGACGCAACCAGGAUGUUCUGGCAGAGCAUUACUCGAAGCUUAUCAACGAUGACGGUACGAUGGUUGCCGCUCCCUCUGGGAAUGGAGCUGGUGAAGAUGCGGACGAAGACGCCGACUUCCUGUCUGUCAAGCGCAGGUUUGCAGCUGGUGAUGCUGGCCUUGACCAAGUCGAUUCUGAUUCCGACGGCUCAAAAGCCGGCAAGAAGAUCAAGAAGGUUGCGCUUGACGGCCAAGACCCACUGGUCAUCGACUCGAAACGUCGUGAAAAGUUGCUCAAGUCAAAGAAGGCGCUUCUUAAAUUCAAGGGCAAGGGUACGAAGCUUGUUUAUGAUGAUGAAGGAAAUGCUCAUGAAAUCUACGAAAUGGAAGAUGAGGAUCAAUUCAACGCUCGUGGCGAUGCUAAGGCUCAACGGGAGCGCUUCUUGGCGGAUGAGACUGAGCGCACUCGUCGUGCGGAUAUCGAUGAUAAGGAAUUGGUUCGUGAGAAGAAACGCGAGAAGAAAGAGAAGCGUCGUGAGCGCGAACGUGCUCUGGCUGAAGAAGAGGCCGAUUCAGAGGAUGGAGGUUUCCAGCUGCCAUAUAUUCCUUUCAAGGAUCCCAUGGAGUCUGCCUCCGAGUCUGAACCUGAGCCUGUCGAGACCUCGCGUCCCAGUAAGAAGACCCGUGUGUAUGAGCGGGACGACGAUGAGGAACGGCCAAGCAAGAGCAAGAAGAGCCAAUUACCUUCCCAGACCAAUAUCUCAUCUUUGCAAGAUCUGGAGGCUUUGGCCAGUGGCUUGCUGGGCUAA